ACGAGCGUCGUCCUAAACUGCAUCAGAUGACAAUCGUUUCCUUCGUUAAUUUCCGUAAAUGUUCGCCUAUUUCGGUACGAAAACCAAUCAUAAUUGGUCCUCAGUCAGGCCCCGCCUUCUCCCUUUCUCGAAUCUCGCGCGACAGUCACCAGGCUAGCUAGCUAGCUAGCUAGUUAGUUAACAAAUCUUUAUUAAUUUAUUUGACCGUUUUGUUGCGAAAUUGAAAAAUGUAGUUUUCAAAAGACAAAGUUACACUUCGUAAACGCAUUAGUCUAUGCGAAUUUGUCUUGCGUCUUAAUUGUUGAAACACUUAAUUUGCCGCCUUUUAUUGUAACUACCCUGCUUACGUUCGCUUCCCCUAAGACAUUUGCUAUUGUUGUUGCCUGGGAUAGCAAGCUACAGUAACAGCCCAAAAUGACUUCAGCCUCUACUAAGGUGGGAGAAAUCUUCUCUGCAGCAGGAGCAGCCUUCACCAAGCUGGGUGAGCUUACCAUGCAGCUGCAUCCAGUAGCUGACUCUAGCCCUGCAGGAGCCAAAUGGACAGAGACAGAGGUCGAGAUGCUGCGGUCAGCUGUGCGGCGCUUUGGUGAUGAUCUGAACAGUAUCAGCUCUGUGAUUAAGGAGCGCACUGUAGCCCAGAUAAAGACAACAGUGAAGAGGAAACUGUAUGAGGACAGCAGGGUGCCCCUCUCCUCCGACUCCCCCAAAAAGAUCACCAAGAAGACCACAGUCAUCAUGGCAGCCGCACUAACACCCGUGGCCCCCACUGUCAUCGCGGUGCCCACCUCACAGGUUGUCGUGACUACAGGGCUGCAGAGCCCCUCUAUGCCCACUGCCAUCAAGAAACAGAAAACAGCAGAUGUUACGCUCAGUGCUCUGAAUGACUCUGAUGUGAACAGUGACUUGGUGGACAUUGAGGGACUGGGAGAUAGUUCCAACACCAAGAAGCUCAACUUUGAUCAAGAAAGCCUCAACCUGGACUCCAGCCUAAUCAUGAACUCCAGUGACCUGCCCCUCCUGUCUCGCUGACCUCUAACCCACUGUACCAUUGGGUUGGAAACACUCGGUCCCUAUAUCACCAGAGAGCAGACUACAGUUAGUAUCUUUGUUACAGAGCAUUUUUGGACACAUUUAAGCAGAUGUGUAUUUUUAUGAACAGACCCCUCUCCCCAUCAUGUACUUCUCUAUUCAGUCAUUUCUACUGAGGAACCCUUCUAUUUGAUGUAUAGCUUUUUUGUAUUGUAACAUUUAUUUGCUCUGCUAAUUUUCAAAGUAGUGUAUUGCAGCUACAUAUGCUGUUCAUGAUCUCCAGAGAGAAAUGGUGUUUCAGUGCAGAUGUCCAUUGUGUAAUGUAGAGUGAGUGUACAUGUUGUCUACCACUGGUUGAUAUUUAUAAAUGCAAGACACCAGCUAUGGUAUUUCAUUUUGUUCACAAUGGUUGUGCAUGACAUGAUUCCUCUUAUGUUGAUGUGUAGUAAAAUGUUAAUCUCUUUUGUGUCUGUUUCACUGGGCUCGAAGAAUGUGACAUCUAGUGGCUGUUAUAAAAAAAGAUAGCAGAAAUGUAUAGGUGACCAAAUCAAAUUAUCUAUGGAGACAAAGGAAAGUCCACAGGUUUUCUAAAAUAACAGUGACUUUUUAUCAUGAUAUUUAUUUAUAUAUAUAAUACAAUAUUUAAAAGGUGUACAUUCUCACUUUCUUGUGCUUACAGUUCCAUAAAAAUACAAUCUUCUCUUUAUGUAGAGACUUGUCAAAGCUAUUUACAGUUUGAAAAUACUUGUCUGAAUGUUCUGGCAAUGUGCUUUAAUUCCCUUUCUCACCUCUUCUCUCUCUCUCUGUUUUAUUCUAUUGUCAGUAAAAAAUAAAAUAAAAGGGUAAAAGGAGCCCUCUAACACUGACAUGUCAUAUUUGGAAAACAAUCAUUAAGAUUGUGGCUGUUCACAUUCUUUUUUUUAAAUGUGAUAUUUUGUAUAAUGACAACAGCAACAAUAAUGAAAAGGAAACAAUAAAAUAAUCAGUAAAUGGCAAUACAAGUGUGUUUAACUGACCUCGCAACAACCAGCUGGUCUCCUUGUUGAAGUAUUGCAAUUGAGACGGCCAGACAUGGCUUCUGUUUGUCUCCUAGAUAUGUCACCUUAGUCAGACCCAUGCUUAUCUCCUACAGGCAGUGGUCUCAUAUGACAGGACACUGGGAAACACUGCUGAUAAGGCAUGAAAACCCUGUGGGUCAACUACAAUGAACUUCAACAGAUUAUUUUAUAUUUGGCUUCAGAUCAUGUCCAAAUGUAUUUAUUUCCCUCUAGUUUAUCUUCUGCAACAAGGAUGGGAUUGGUGAAACUACCAUUGAAUGUUAGUGCCAUUUGAUUGCAAGUUUUACUUGUAGGUUAACCGCAGAUUAAAAUGGAGUUAGCUAUAUCACAGAUCAGCAUCUUCUGUGGAUGUUCAUGUCAUUUGACUCAGUAUGCAUUUACAGGAUAUCUCCCCAUAAUUAGGAAAGAGUAUCGAAUACAUGUGUCUGAAAGCUAGUCUGUCUGUACAAUGAGUAUGAAAAGGUAAUCAUUUGGCUUUGGCAACGUGAGUUGAUCAUCUACACUAGGAUCUCAAU